AGGAGGGCCCUGUCCGGCCGCCUUCUGCUGCCCCCUCCUCCGCGCGAGGGGACCGGGGCGACCGAGGCGGGGGCGGGGGAGGUGAUGAGCUUGGGCCGGGGGCUGCGGCGGCGGCGCGGCUGCUGCUGCGGCUGCUGCGGCUGUUGCGGUGGGAGGCGACGGCGGGCCGUUGGAGGGUCUGUCCGGCCGGCCCCGGGCCAGGGGGAUGCGGCGGAGGACGUGUCUGGGUCUGGGUGUAGCUGAUCGGAGAAGAGAGGCAGCCGCCGACCGGAGAGCCCGGGGAGCAGCGGAGGAGAGCAACCCUGACAUGCCUUUUCCUCUCCCUCCUCUCCAGCGGCCAUGUUAACCAGAAAACCCUCAGCGAGCGCCGCCGCUGGCUCUGCCUACCCAGCCGGCAGGGCAGGGGACAGCGGCCGCCCGCUGCAGUCUUCCCCGGGCGCAGGAGCUGGGGUAUCUCGGGCAGGAGCUGGGACCGACCCGCCGUCGCCCCUCGCAUUGCCGCCGCUCAGGGCCAGCAACGCCUCGCACACGGUUGGAGGCAGUAAGCACACGAUGAAUGAGCACCUCCUUGUUGGUAGCCACGGACAAAUCCAGGUUCAGCAGCUGUUCGAAGAUAAUAGUAACAAGAGGACGGUUCUGACGACACAGCCAAAUGGACUUACAACUCUAGGCAAAUCUGGAUUGCCAGUGGUUCAGGACAGACAGACGGAGAGUGCUCACAGACGUCAAGGGAGCUCCAGCUCUUUAAAAGCUACGGAUGGAACAGGGAAGGUGAAAGCCUCCGUUAUGACACCAGAGCAGGCAAUGAAGCAAUACAUGCAAAAAUUAACAGCUUUUGAACAUCACGAGAUUUUUAGCUACCCUGAAAUAUACUUCUUGGGUCCAAAUGCAAAGAAGCGGCAAGGUGUGAUUGGUGGUUCAAACAAUUGCGGGUAUGAUGAUGACCAAGGGUCUUACAUACAAGUACCCCAUGAUCAUAUUGCAUACAGGUAUGAAGUCCUGAAAGUUAUAGGGAAAGGAAGCUUUGGGCAGGUGGUGAAGGCCUACGACCACAAGAUGCAUCAGCAUGUGGCUCUAAAAAUGGUGAGGAAUGAAAAACGUUUCCACCGCCAGGCUGCGGAAGAAAUUAAGAUCCUGGAGCACCUCCGGAAACAAGAUAAGGAUAACAACAUGAAUGUUAUUCACAUGUUGGAAAACUUCACAUUCCGCAGCCAUAUCUGCAUGACGUUUGAAUUGCUGAGCAUGAACCUCUAUGAAUUAAUAAAGAAAAACAAGUUUCAGGGCUUUAGCCUGCCUUUGGUCCGCAAGUUUGCCCACUCGAUUUUGCAGUGCUUGGAUGCUUUGCACAAAAACAGAAUCAUCCACUGUGACCUUAAACCUGAGAACAUUCUGUUGAAGCAGCAAGGUAGAAGUGGUAUUAAAGUGAUUGACUUUGGCUCAAGUUGUUAUGAGCAUCAGCGUGUCUACACGUACAUUCAGUCACGUUUUUACCGUGCACCCGAAGUCAUCCUUGGUGCUCGUUAUGGGAUGCCAAUAGACAUGUGGAGCUUGGGCUGUAUUCUAGCAGAGCUUCUCACUGGUUACCCACUUUUACCUGGAGAAGAUGAAGGAGACCAGCUGGCUUGUAUGAUUGAGCUAUUGGGCAUGCCUUCUCCAAAACUCUUAGAUUCAUCCAAGCGAGCCAAAAACUUCGUGAGCUCUAAGGGUUAUCCCCGCUAUUGCAGCAUCACAACCUUGUCUGAUGGCUCUGUAAUACUUAACGGUGGACGCUCUCGGAGGGGAAAAUUACGUGGCCCACCGGAGAGCAGAGAAUGGGGCAACGCAUUAAAGGGAUGUGAUGAUCCCCUGUUCCUUGACUUCUUAAAACAAUGUUUAGAGUGGGAUCCUGCUAUCCGCAUGACACCCAGCCAGGCUUUGCGGCAUCCCUGGCUAAGGAGACGAUUGCCAAAGCCUCCGACUGGGGAAAAGGCCUCGGCGAAGAGAAUUGCAGAGAGCACUGGUGCUAUAACGUCGAUUUCCAAGUUACCUCCGACUUCAAGCUCAGCUUCAAAACUGAGGACUAAUUUGGCACAGAUGACAGAUGCCAAUGGGAAUAUUCAGCAAAGAACAGUGUUGCCAAAACUUGUUAGCUGAGUUUGAAAAAACCCAAUGCUGUUAAUACAAGAGAUACGUUGUGGCUGAGCCUUAUUUGUAUGAAAGAGUAGCUCAGAUAAACAUUUUUAUUUGCUCAAUAACUUCAUUUAUAUCUUUCAGCACUCAUUUUAAAUGUAAGAAACGUUGAUUUUGUUUUUAUAAAAACACGGGGACAAUGCUUUAAGUUUUUAUACUUAUUUUUUAAAAUGUUUGUCUUCUACAGUACAAUUAGCCUUACUGUAACUAGGGUGACACAGUAAUAAACAUCAGUGGCAGGCCACUGGUUACAACAUGACUGUCAUGCAUUGCAGCGUGGUCUCAAAGGUAUUAACCUUUCUCUUCCAUGAUUCAUAUUAGGUUUCACCCAGAGUAGAUAAGACACUACUUUUUGAAUUUGAUGGAUGUGGGUUGUGAUUCUGCAAACACUCACUGGGCUCCAGGGAGAGUACUCAAACACAGUUGAGCACCUGUAAACUUGUAAUUUGAAGUGAAGCCAUAGCAUGCUACAUUGUCAUUUUCAAUAUGGUAGCCCAGAGGAAGUAGUGGUAUCACUAAUGGUGCAGUCACUUCCUAUGGAAUGCUUUCUCUGUUCAAAAGUAAUGUUUUUUUUUCAAUUAAAAGGAGCAUUUAAAUACCAUGCAAAAAGUAAGAACUUCCAGGGCUAAAAUGACUCUAACCUUGCAUGCCAUAUGGUAGAGUGAGAGCAACGGGCUGUUCUCAGAAAGAAUGAGGAUGGAAGUAUGUCCCUCUAAAUCUGAAAGUGACUGGUGAGUUGGCAAAGCAAAACAUUCCGGACUUCAUUUCAGGUAUAUAACAUUGAGCAUUCACACUGGGCUUCUCUCUUACUUUUUUUUUCCCCUCUCUCACUCCUGUUUUCUCUCUUAAUUUGCAGCUUGAUCUUGCUGAAUCACACAGGCAGAAGUACUCGUUCUGUCAGUUCUCUACUGUAACUUCCAGAUUGUUAUGCUAUGUGCAUUUCACAGGUUGCUUUUAUUUCUUCCGACAAUGUUUGUCUGAGUGACUGUGACCUCCUUGGUACAUUUACACUUCAGAUCAAAUCUGCAUGUAGGGGCAAGGACUAUGCUACUACAUUACUUUCUGUAGAAAAGUACUUCACCUUAGACAGCGCAUCUGUAGCUGGAAACAUCCUCAGUGGAAACCUGUUCAACUGGCAGACACCAUCCUAGAUUUUUUCUAGUAUGGGAGAAUUAUCAAAGGAAAAUGGAAUGGUUAGAAGUUGAGUUAAUCUUUAUCAUUUAUAGCUGAAAAUUAACUUGGAAGAAACAGUAAGAGAUAAGUGUAGAUUUAUUCCAGUGUCUGUUCACUGAUGCUUGGUUUUGGUUUUUGCUUUUAACUGCAUUCAUGGAAGAAAGAGGGUCUUCACUGAGGGAUAACGCCUAGACUUAUGAGAGAAAUAUUCACGCGUUGUAGCAUGUUUUCAACACAAACAGUGUGAGAUCUAAGAUCAGUAUUUCAUCACGUACAAUGGCUGUGGUAUGUUAGAUGAAUAAAACAUAUGAAAAGGGAAUUUAAGCGAAGUAGACUAUAACCUAGAAGGUUUUAUGAAUGUUAGACCAAGACAUACUAGAACAGAUUACAUUAAACCUCAAUAACUUUAAGUAACAUGUAUAUGCAGAGAUUUUUCUGAGUUACCUGUACAAAUUGCGAAAAAUACUUAAAGCAUGGUCCCCUGAGAGGCCAAGAAAGUUUCCGGUUAAGUUCUCCUUCACUUUCAUUACUUUACCACUUACAGCUUCAUUUGUUUGCUUAGUUGGUUGGUUUGUUUUUAAUUUAAUGUAAGACUGGGGGAGGGAUAUAGAUGCAAAAUGACAGAAUUCUCAGGAAACAUAUCGCUUAACUUCUUGCCAAAAAGUCAACACCUAAAGAAGCUCCAAAAAUAAUUUCUGAGUAGAGGAUGGUAUUUGUUGAUUGAUAACUGUAAAAAUUAGAGCAUCAAUCAACCAUUUUUCCUACGUUUUUUUUAGAAGAAGAUGGUUUCCUGCCUCUAGUCGAAUUAAAUUAUUUAGUGUUAAAUGUUCACAACUUUAUACAGUGUGUGUAAGUGCAAUAUGUAAACAUGUGUGAAAUCAUGUUAAAACUGAAAUAUAGUAACAGAGAUAAGAAAAAUGGCUUUUGGAAUAUGAAUAUCCAGUAAGUUAUGGUCAGUAAAUUUUAAGUCCACAAAAGAGAUAUAUUAAUAUUCAUAUAAAAUUAACUGAGGCUCAUGACUGUGGGAAUACAAUACUGUGUAUUUGUCUGCAGUAACUGGGAAUCUUGACUUCCUCCAUCACCUGCUUGGCUUUACCACUCCUUUCUACCUUAACUCUUCCUGCGAAAGUGAAGAAAUAGGGAUACUUUUGUCAGGGGCGGAAGAAGAAUCACCUCUCUUGAAAUAUUUUAAAGGAGACGCUGAGACAUGUUCCUGCCUUUCGUGGCAAUUCAAGGUGAAAACAUUCAUAACGUUUGUGGGUCAUUAAUGGGCUAAAACCACUAAUUUUCUUUUUCAUGUAACCAGGUCUUAAUGCCAAUAACGCAUUUAUGAUCCCACCUUCUUCAUAAAUGCUACCGGAAACUUUAAGGCCAAAAUAUAGUGUGCAGAGCUAUUUUUUUAACCCAGAUACAGUGGAACUUCCUCUAUACUAAAGAAGCAGCUUCAUCAAGGUUUUGAAGUGAUGUAGCUGCUUUUUGCUGUAGCUUAUUUAUACCUGUAAAAAAGGAGGGGGGGGGAGGGAAAGGACGUUGCCUCUUGCAUUGAUGUGAUUUUAUUCUAAGGGCUCUGAUAAUUAGACUGAUAGAAGCUGAUUUGGAAACAGUGCUUAGUCUCACAUGUUACCAUUGUCUGGGGACGUCUGAGCUAUUUUCAGAUUUAGUAAUAGCACAGUGUUGUCUUGUCUUUGGUUGCAGUCUCACUUGGCUCAGUUUCUUGCACCACUGGAGUGUUCAUUACUGCUUAAGUGUAUUGGAACAACAGAGUGAUGCAAGAUGUAUAGAUUAACAACAGAGGAUGGUUGUGCCCUUGGUGUUAACAAUGUGCCUUUUGUUACAAAUGCCAUGUUGUAGGGCAUGUGUCUUGGCCUCUUUAACCCUUUGAUUACUGGAGAGUAGGGAUGAAAUCUAUUUUUAGAUGCUGUACCCCUCUUAAAACAUCCUGUAGCUGAUCGAGGCCUUAAUAGAAACAAUAAGGCAAUCACACUGCUGGGAUGGAGAGGACGCUCUGUUCUUGUAGUACGUCUCAUUAAGGGGUUAAAGAUGGCCCUUCCUCAUUGGUUGUACUUAAACAUCAAACAGAUUUUUUUUUUAAAGUCAAUUUUUGUUAUAGUGACACUAGACAGAAAUCAACUGUAUUUGUAAAAAUUUACCUCAAACUCUUUAGUUUUAUAGUGUGAUUUAAUCCCAGGGCAUUUGGUAUGAACCAAAGUGCAUUCCUUUUAUAUGUGCCUGGCUCUUAUAGAGAUGGCCAGGGAUUUUUACAAUUUGGGUGCAAGGCACUUAAGCCACUUUUAAAUGACUUCAUGGGAAUGUUGAGAACACUUUAGAAAUAAGUAGCAUCGGGCAAUAUUAGAAUCUUUAAGAAAGGUGGUGCAUUAAUUAAUGCUCUCCAUUUUUUAGUAUUUUUUUCCAUCAAUAAUAUUUGUGAUAAGUACUGAAAGAACUAUUUUUCCUGUCAGCAAAGAUUAGAAUAUUGCCCAGUUCAAUGCUAUGGUAGCAUUUAAAAUACAAUGACAUUUGUGAUGAAUUAUUGUUUCUAGGGGCUUGUACAUCUCUGCUACAAAUUGUAAUUACUCAAUUCAACUGCUACAAUUACGUCUAAGCAGUAGCUUGGGGUUUUAUUGGGCAACGACUUAGACACGUGACUGUAAUAUGCUGCAACUGUGUGUACUGAAAACAUGUGAAAAACGACUGAAUGUGGACUGUGUAUAUAUGUAUGUAUAAUUUUCUGUGAGAUGCUGCUGUUGCCACUUAACAUUAAAGAUGUUGUAGUGGGUUUUAAUCCUAGUGGCCAGUUUUAUGAUACUGUAUGUAUUGUACAGCUGAUGGCAGGAGUUAAGACUGUUCUAGUGAAUAUUUGUUACAUUUUAUUGUUGUGGCCAGAGAUCAUUUCAGAAUAAAAUUUUAUGUCCUACUUUA